CAUAAGAGAAAUGCACAUAUUCCUGUAAGUAAGCUUUUACAUAAGCAUUCUGAUGCGACGUACUUCGUUGCAUGUUUAUGACGUAAUGACGUGCGCGCCAAAUUUUGUAGGGUUGACGGAAAGAUCUGUGGCUCGGUAAACGGGCUCUAAUAAAACCUUAGUAAGAUAGUUGUGUUAACUGUUGUGAUAACAGCAGUCUGGUGAGUUUUUGCUCCUAACCUCUAGCUCGAACUCGAACCAUGGGUUUGCUGGAACGCUGCGAGGAGCUGUUCAAGACCUCGAACCUGUAUGAGGUCCUUGGCGUCACCAAAGAGGCGUCGGACGGAGACGUGCGUCGCGGAUAUUACAAACUCUCCCUUCAGGUUCACCCUGACAGGGCACAAGGCGAUGAACUGGCAACCGAGAAAUUUCAGGUUUUGGGCAAAGUGUAUGAUGUGCUGAAAGACAAAGACCAAAGAGCCGUCUAUGACGAGCAGGGGACAGUUGAUGAAGAAUCCGACUGCAUGAACCAGGACCGCGACUGGGAAGAGUACUGGAGACUGCUCUUCCCUAAGAUCAGCCUAGACGACAUCCUCCAGUUUGAGAAGAAGUACAAAGACACGGCGGAGGAGAAGGAGGACCUGAGCAGGCUGUACAUGCAGUACGAGGGCGACAUGGACCGCAUCAUGGACGCGGCGCUGUUCGCCGAGGACCAGGAGGAGCCGCGCAUCAGGGCCGUCCUGCAGGGCCUUGUGGAUGCGGAGGAGCUGCCCGCCUACAGGACCUUCACACACGAGAGCGCCAAGAAGAAGAGCAACCGCAAGCGCAGGGCUGAUAAAGAGAGGAAGGAGGCUGAAGAGAUGCAGAAAGAGAUGGGCAUUAGCAGCAAUGACAGUCUGGAGGCCCUCAUCAAGCGGAGGCAGAAGUCUAGCGAGCACGGCUUCAACUCGCUCAUCGCCGGCCUAGAGGCCAAGUACUGCCAGAGCGGAAGCAAGGGAGCCAAAGGAGCCGGCAAGAAGAAAGGGAAGAAAUGAUGGCGUGAGGCCGCCACGCCGCGCCCAGGGGUUAGCAGAGGCCGCCUGGUGUGCUCACUCCAGCAGGCUGGGACAACUCGUCUUACAACGUUUAAACAACGUUUACGGUUAUUUUGUCAUUAAAUUCCAGAGACGCAGAAAGAGGAGUGUGGUCUGUUGAGGCUGGGCUGUUGCUUUUGGUGGAGCAGUCGAGCGCUUACACUAACAAGUCUGCUUUGUCAAGGAGAGCCCCUGUGGACAGUGGGCCUCUCCGUCAUUGGGGCCUUAGACUAGGCCUAUGUACAGGUUUAUGAUUUCAAGUUGUACAUCUUCAAAGUUACUAUUUGACUUUGAAAUUAUAUUCAGUGCCGUUUUGAAAUGUUUUGCGUGUGGUUGUGUGUUCGUUCGGCUUUUCUAGAAGAUAAUUGAAGUAUUUUUUUUUUUUCCUCCAACUGAAAAAGCUGCUCUAGCAUUCCUAUUUCUUGUCAUGGCACGUGUAUGAAGUUGUUUGAACAUUUAGAUGUAACAAAUCUGCCCAUUUCUUAUGAUUAUACUGUUUGUAAUGUGUUUUAAUUGUAAUGAUUAAAAAUUAUAUUUGAAAGUA